AUGCUUUUAAUGCCCAGGCAUCAUGCUGGCUUAAUUGGCCCAGCGUUUGGUCGUGAGCUGGACCGUCCCUCGUAUCAAACUCGAGAACGCUCCACCAGUCGACCAAUCUGGCAACUUAGACCUCCUCAUGCCACCAGAGUUUCAAUGAUAGAGCGUCUUCCCGCCGAAGUUAGGGAUAUCAUUUUGUCCCACCUGGACUAUCAGUCUCUCAUCUUUCUUUCUAUGGUGAACCAACACUUUCAUCGUUCAGUAGUCCCUCAGACAAUAGCAAGUCCGCUGGACAAGUUUUCAUUUAUUAUGAGAGCAGCGAAGGACUUCCCACAGCAUCGGUCCAGCGAGACAAGAAAUAAACACCAACCCGGAAACUCCGAAUGUUACUAUUGCUUCCGUGUCCGAGCCCCGGAACACUUCGACGUUCUCCAAGCUACAAUAGCAUAUUUCGACCCACAAGGUCGAGUCGUAUCGGGUCGGCUGCCAGGACCUGAGGACAAACCUGCGGAGCUGCGCCGAUUCUGUAUCGAAUGCGGGAUCAAGACUGGACUUCAUCAACCCUCUGAUUGUCUUGAAACAAAGACAGGCCAGAACCUCUGGGUCUGUGGUUGUCGGAGAGUGUGGCAGAAACCCGAGUGCCUGCGUUGCCCAGACUGUUCUUCCACCUGUCCGUUGCGACCAAAGAAGAAGUGGGCAUCUGAGCGAUAUAGACACUUGGACGACGCGGUCAUGCACGUCUAUGGAGACACCAGCUAUGCAUCGGACAAAUCCGUUAGCUUAUUGAAGAAGCAUGAGCACCAGCUUGGCCAGGGAUGGAGGAAUAUAACAGUGUCUGUAUCUGAAGCAUGUAGUCAUACAAUCUAA